GUCAGACAUCGAUGAGGGAACAUUUGACGAUGCAAGACUGACACGUUCGAGAUCAUGUAGGAUCCCGCACAUGUUUCAAGCCCUACAGCUGGGAGACGAAGGACAGCUUCGUGCCGAACGCAGAGCCCAUGCACUAGCAGCAGCUAGGGAAACAGCGAACGCCGCAGCUAGGGAACAGGCUGCAGCAGCAGCCAUGGCUUCCGCAACAGCAUCCUCUGCUGCGUCCUCGUCUGGGACCCAGUUGGGAAUGCCCACAGGGUCCAUGGGUACUUCCAGUUCAGUAGGUUCUCGACAGUCUACAAGUCAAAUGGCGGGCUCGCAGUUCAGCCCGUUGACCCCACGGGAAAGGGAGCUUCGAGAGCUCCAACAGGUCGAAAGGAUUCGUGAACGAUUAGAGAGGGAACUGAAGCAAGCAACCGAUAGAGAAAGAGAAAUAAAAAAUAGAACAGCCAGGCUUGAUACAUUAGAGGCAGACAAAGCUGCAUUAGAGGAGUUGGAUGAGUCAGCCAUGUCUAACGACAUGAAAGUGUUGAAGAAUAGCAUGUUGUCGCUGCAUGCGCAUGUGGACAGCAGACUAGACUUCAUGCAGAACUCUCUUGACCAGAUCUUGGACCUUUUGCAAAGGCCAGGAUUUAGGCCAGCAGCACAGUCGUCGUUGCCGUUAACGGCGAUGUCAGGCCCCUUCCCUGUACAAGCUGGCACACAACCAAGUGAUCAGUAUGACUUCAAACUUGAGUAUCUGAAGGGAGAGUACAACAAGGUUGCAGAUGCGCUAUGCCGUAGAGUAGACCACCUAGGGGCGCUAGUUUCUGAGUUUGGUGUAUCUCAGGAAGUAACUCAAUCGUUGGUGGGAGCCUAUCAGGAAGACCCUGUCACGAUGGACAUCAUCCACAAACUUCAGGCAAAAGACAAGGCCACAGAGAAUGAGUUUGUGAUGGUGGAUGGGUUACUCUUUCUUGAUAAGGCCGGGUGUAAAAGCGACAUUGGAGGGGGGAGUGGCGGUUCUGGACGGAGGAGGCGCAAAACGGCAGCAAAAAAAGGAAAAGAAAACGUUGCAAGCACCUCCGCUACACCCACAUCCACAAUGACCUCCAAAGACCCCACGCCGGCAAUGGACCCUUUGCUGUUCGUUCCACAGGACAAGGCGAGGCAUGACAAGUUGCAGAAGGAGAAGCCUAUGUGGAAGUACGCAGAACUGGGUCAGGAAGUCGGGGAGAAAGGGAGAGGCGAGUAUUGGGUGAGGUGUCGGUUGUGCAUGCAGAUUUGGAGGGGCACGAGCUCAAGAGCGGUGGAACAUUACCUGAAGACGCAGAAGCCGUGUCCGUUGCGCACAGCGAAAAUGGUGAAUGAGCUCGUCAACUCCGGGGGGAAAGUGCUGCCGGGUGAUAAGAAUACGCGGUACUUGCUGAAGAAUUACAGGCAGCUGCACGGGAUUCCGGAAAGGGGGGGUCGAUCAGACGGAGAAGGCCGACGAGAAGACGGUGGAGUCGUUGACGGCUUGUUGGGAUGUGAGCGGGUGUACUUUCAUCACAGACGGAUCGAGCGAUCGUCGGGAGCGGCCCGUGAUGAACUUCUUGGCAGCUGGGGUGGAUGGGGCGGUUUUGGUGGUGACGGUGUCAAUGUCCGGGAGGAAGAAGACCGGACCUGCAUUGGGGAGCAGAUCAUGAGGGAAAUCGGACUGCGUCGAAUCAAUGCGAUUUGCAUUGACAACGCGGAGGUCAACAAAAGGGCGGCUCAAAUCCUGGAGCGACGAACGGACAAGGAGGUAGCAAGGAUUCCUGGACGAUUCGCUGUCUCUUCUUUGGCCCACGGAGGUGCGCUUCGGGUCAGUCUACCAAAUGUUGGAGAGGAUAUACGACAGGGGGUGGUGUUGAAGGACAUGGUCAACGGUCGGAAUGCAGUGAAGUGGAAUGCGAUCCGAUGGUCCACGUCGAAGUUGAGGGCCAAAUCGGAUCUAGUGUACUUCACAUUGAGGAGUGAUGAUUGGUGGACGGGGUUGAACAAGGUGGUUGAGGUGAUGGAGCCCGUGUUCGGCCUCUUGAGGCGGAUGGAUCAGGACGGUACCGGUCCCAUAAACCUUGUCGAGUAUGACGACAUGAUAGAGAGGAAAAUUAGCCAUGUCGUUCUUACGGUGGAGCAGCGGGCGAGUGUGAUGGAGAAAGUCAAAGAUCGCAUGAAGAUGAUGCGGCAGCCCGUCUACGCAGCAGCCUUUCUUUUGGACCCGCGCAGGAGAGAACCGAGGUGGUUGCAUGGCCAAGACGGUGCGCUUGUGCAGAAUGCCAUGCACUUUCUCUUGAGGCAGGUUGGAGGUGAAUGGAAAGGACAAACGCACCUUGACAUUUGGAGUGACCUGAAUGAGUUCCACAACAAACCUACAAGGAACGGCCCGAAAAGGAAUGACACGAAGAUGUGGGACCCCACAACGAAGGGAGAUGUUGACAAGAAGACACCGUCGGAAUGGUGGGCAGCACAUGGCGGCGACGUGCCUGAAUUGCAGAAGAUUGCGAUCAAGGUUAUGGGCAUGUGGAGCACCGCAUCGCCGGCGGAGAGGAACUGGGCUUCCAUGAACUUCAUCCAUUCCAAACGGAGGAACAAGUUGUCGCCAGAAAGCUUGGCGAAGCUAGUGUACAUACACUGGAACAUGCAGCUACUGCGUGUUCCGGAGACUAAGAACAGCGGAUUUGUGGACUUGUGGUGUGACUUCGUCGAGCCCGCCCCGGAGCCUGAAGAGAACGAUGGAUCGGUGUCGAAGGGGCCCGAGGAUGAGGCUGAGAAGACAGAGGAGGAGCUUGUACGGGAACGGAGGCUCACAAAGACUCCGAAGGGAAGGGUUCCAAAAAAUCUCGAGGACAAGGACGAAGAGCUCACGGAUGACAGUGAUUUGGAUGACGAGCUGUGGAAGGGGAAGUGUGGAUUGUCGGAGGACUCAUGUGGCAGCGAAGAGGAUGACGACGAUGACUCCGAUUUCGAGCUACGACCGGAGCCAGAAGAGCUAUGCCCGGCAGCGAUGGAGCCUGGGGUAAGGGAAACUGCGCUGUACAAUCCGCAAUCUGAUGUCGAGUUCGCACGGCUAGACACGGAUGUCGAGACGUUGCUGGAAACGAGGGCGGACGAAGAUGAGGAGGAUGCGAACCGUGCCAAGGCUAUGGCUGACCUGGAGACCGAACUCGUCAACAAACGUAUGAUGGAGGAGGAGGCCCGCCGUGCAGCUAUCCCGACUCGGAGAGAGAUCGAGAGAGGUCUCAAACAAGCCAGGGAGCACCAACAGCAGAUUCAGGCAUUGGAGGUUGAGGAGGAAGGAGAAGAGGAGGAGGAGGAGCACCAGGCUGAGGUGGGAGAUUACAUGGAACAGGAAGAAGAGGCAGAGGGCAUGGUGCAACCACAGGAGGGAGAGGAGAUGGAGCACCAAGAAGAAGAGGAAGGCACGGUGCAAGGCGGGGAGGAAGAGGAAAUGCAACAGGAAGAUGAUGCCAGCGCACUGAAGACAUCGACGUGGACGGGAGGUUUUGCCACAACAGCGACACGGUCAACGUGGUCAACACGGUCAUCGAUGCCGAUGGCCACGACUGAGGCUUUACUUCAGGGCGCCGCCCAGUGGUUUUCGCUUCUUCAGACAAGUCAUGACCUUCUCCGAAGCAUGAUGCAGAGCCUUGUGCACAUUAUCAUGAAGCUGGAGGAGGGGCCAGCUUCUUAUUUGGCAAGGUUUAUUGACCAGCGACAAGCGGCGACUUUGAUGCGACACUGGUACACAGUCUGUGAGGAAGGGCAAGCACUGUGCACCGUGUCCAUGGAGCGCUGGUAUGCUCAGUUAGAUCUGGAGGAGGAGGACGAUUCGCCAUCAUCACCCGCAACACCUACGCAAGCGGCAGGAUGUCCAUGCGUCGGCAACAACAGGAACAACAACAACAACAAUAACAACAACAGCAACAACAACAUCAACAACAACGACAACAACGGCAAUAUCGAUGCCGCCGUUGCCGGUCCCUUUGAUGGUGAUUCUGGCGAGAGCGGCGGCAUCAACAGCCAUGACAACACCAACAAUAACAACACCAGCAGCGAUGUUGUCGGUGUCAUUUCAUGGUCGUGUGUUGACGAAAGCGGCAACAACAACAACAACAACAACAACAACAACAACAGCAGCAGCAACAACAACAACAACAACAACAACAACAACAACAACAACAUCAACAACAACAACAACAACAACAACAACGGCAACGUAGAGGAUGCCAGUUUUGGUGACGGUGAUUUCAACAGUGGCGAGAUCGGCGGUACCAUCAGCUACAACAACAACAAAAAUACUGAUGGCGGCAACGACAAUAAUAACAGCAAUUACAACGAUAACAGCAACGACCGAAUCAUCGACAGGGCGACAGGCGAAAUCGACAUCAACAAUAACGCGCCGUGGUCUGAUCCCGAUGACCUGGAUGCGAAGUCGGGACGGUCAUCCGAUGAUGAUGCCCCCCUGACACGGUUGCGGCGUCAGACGCUUGAGUCGACCACGACCCGUCCUCGUCUUUCGCCUUGCCGGCGAGAUAGUGCUGCGCCUGGACAUGCGGUGGUUAGCCCGUCCUUUCCACAGCGACAGCACGCGUCGAUCGACUCGGACAGCGAUGACGAUGGCAGAUGGUAUGAGGGCAGAAGCGAGUCUGACGACGAUAUGGAUUUUGGCGGGGGUGCGGAGGGCACCGCAGCACGAGGUGAUGACGGUCCUCGAGACAUUACUGCUGAGGGGCAGCAGGGUCAGCGACGUUCACUUAGAUUGGCGGAGGAGAGGGUUCGUGUGGAUUUACCCGCCGCGACUGGCUCGUUGUCAGAUUUUCUGGGCAUGUCGAUGGGACCUCCACCGACCGUCGUUGAUGUUGGACAGACCCCGGUUGCCGCGGGCAAAACACCUAUCAGCCAGGUUGUACGAGGAUUGGAUACUGACGGCGAUAUCUCGAGCAGUUUGUUGAUGGAGGCGGCUCAGGGGAUGGAGGGUACGUCCAGUCGGCCCGUGCGGAGCACGGGGGAUGCUGUCCAUUUCCCACACCUGCAGGAUAUGGAUGUUCAGUCGGAUGUGGAUAGGAGGGACCGAGAGGAGAGAGAGCGAGCGUUGGCGCUUGCUAAGUCCUGCCCUGUGACACAGGACAUUAGAGCAAGUUUGGAUGCUGCUCGCGCCCUUGAGACGGGCAUCGCACCCGUCGCCGCGAUGGAUCUUCGCGACACCUGCGGUGCGGGGGAGGGGACGCAUGGUGUUGAGGAGGUUGAGAAGGGGGGCGCCCCCCGGCCCGCACAGGAUGAUGGCGUAGGUUGCAAACCGGGACUCCACCCCAUUCGCGGUGAGGAUGACGAUGCGGAGGGAGGUGGUGAUGGGGUUGUUGAUGGAGGAGAUGCACCUCGCGGAGGAUCAAAUGCAGUUAGUCAACAUGAUGCAGGGGCGGAGGACAGACAGACCACCGGUGGAGGGGAUUAGGCGGAUGCAGGAGGAGGCCGUGUGUCUGCUGCAGAAAUGCAGCGGUGUGCAGAUGAUGGACGUGGCGAGCAGCCAACCGAUUCGG